UCAAUGGUACACACCGGGUCCACCACUCCUCCCCCACAUGCCCAUAUCAUACUCCCCCGAGUCCACACCUCUUUCUUUCUCUCUCUCUAUAUAUAUUGUGCUAUCAUUGAUUUCCUCUUCCAAAAUUCGCUCUCUGAUCUUCUUCUUCUUCUUCUUCUUCUUCCUUUCAACUAAUUAAUUAAUUUUAAGUUAGUUAGUUAGGGAGGGCAUCCAUGGUGUUCGCCGGCGGCGACGGGGCGGCGGCGGUCUGGUCGGCGGCGUUGGCGGUGCAGGUGGUCCGCGGGCGGUGGUUCAUGGUGUUCGCGUCGUUCCUGAUCAUGGCGGCGGCCGGCGCGACCUACAUCUUCGGCAUCUACUCGAAGGAGCUGAAGUCGGCGCUGGGCUACAACCAGCAGACCCUCAACACCCUCAGCUUCUUCAAGGACCUCGGCGCCAACGUCGGCGUCCUCUCCGGCCUCAUCAACGAGGUCACCCCGCCCUGGGUCGUCCUCUCCAUCGGCGCCGCCAUGAACCUCGCCGGCUACCUCAUGAUCUACCUCGCCAUCACCGCCCGCACCGCGCCCCCGCCCGUCUGGCUCAUGUGCCUCUACAUCUGCGUCGGCGCCAACUCCCAGUCCUUCGCCAACACCGGCGCCCUCGUCACCUGCGUCAAGAACUUCCCGGAGAGCCGCGGCAUCGUCCUCGGCCUCCUCAAGGGCUUCGUCGGCCUCAGCGGCGCCAUCUUCACCCAGCUCUACCUCGCCGUCUACGGCGACGACGCCAAGUCCCUCGUCCUGCUCAUCGCCUGGCUCCCCGCCGCCGUCUCCGUCGUCUUCGUCCACACCAUCCGCAUCAUGCCCUACGCCCGGCGCCGCCCGGGCGACGCCGACCACCAUGACAACGGGCCCUUCUACUGCUUCCUCUACAUCUCCGCCGCGCUCGCAGCCUUCCUGCUCGUCAUGAUCGUCGUCGAGCAGCGCGUCGCCUUCUCCCACGCCGCCUACGCCGCCGGCGCCGCCGCGCUCCUCCUCAUCCUCUUCCUCCCCCUCGCCGUCGUCGUCAAGGAGGAAGUCAAGCUGUUCAUCGAAAAGCAGCGGUCGCUGCGGAGCCCGCCGACGUCGAUCGCGGUCGAAAAACCGGAGCCGGAAACAGCUGCCCCCCAGCCGAAACUGCAGAAUUUGAAUUCGAAGCCGCGGUCGUCGUGCGUGGCGAGGAUGCUGAAGCCGCCGGCCAGAGGGGAGGACUACUCGAUACUGCAGGCGCUGGUGAGCGUCGACAUGCUGGUGCUGUUCUUCACGACGAUAUGCGGGGUCGGGGGGACGCUGACGGCGAUCGACAACAUGGGGCAGAUCGGGCAGUCGCUGGGCUACCCAGCGAAGAGCAUCAACACCUUCGUGUCCCUCAUCAGCAUCUGGAACUACGCGGGCCGGGUGACGGCCGGGUUCGUGUCGGAGAUCUUCCUCGCCAGGUACAAGUUUCCGCGGCCGCUGAUGCUGACGCUGGUGCUGCUGCUGGCGUGCGUGGGCCACCUCCUGAUCGCCUUCGGCGUGCCGCAGUCGCUCUACGCCGCCUCCAUCAUCAUCGGCUUCUGCUUCGGCGCGCAGUGGCCGCUGCUCUUCGCCAUCAUAUCGGAGGUGUUCGGGCUCAAGUACUACUCCACGCUGUACAACUUCGGCUCGGUGGCGAGCCCCAUCGGCUCGUACAUACUCAACGUGCGCGUCGCGGGGCACCUCUACGACAUCGAGGCCGCGAAGCAGAGCCCGGGAGGGGGGGGAGGGGGCGGCGACACGACGUGCAUCGGGGUGCAGUGCUUCAAGGCGUCGUUCCUGAUCAUCACGGCGACGACCGUGCUCGGGGCGGUGGUGUCGCUGGUGUUGGUGUGGAGGACGAGGAAGUUCUAUCGAGGCGACAUCUACGCGAGGUUUAAGGACGUCGGGUUCACGUCUGCAGCGGCGGCGGCGGCGGCGGAGGCGGAGGUGCCUAUCGAGAGUGGCGGUAAGCAAGGGGGAGCGGAGGAGGAGGAGGUGGUGGUCAACGGGAAGAGCUCCGAGGAGGAGGUGGUCAACGGGUGCAAGGGUUAAUUAGAAGCUACAUACUCGAUCCAUGGGAUAUGGUCAAAGGGAACCUAAGAGAGGAGGGGGGGUGAGGGGUUGACUCUUAGUUUGACUUGUAAUCGUACUGAUAAAAUUGAAAAAUGUUAUUAUUAGAGUUUUUUCUUUUUGUCCUUCUCCUUUCAA